AUGAGCUCCAUCCAGUCGCCCGCCGCGCCGCCGGCGAGGCCGCCUCUCCGGCGCAGCACGACGGCAGCAGCGUCUCCCCUCCGGAGACCCUCACAGCCGCAGCCGACGCCACCGGCGCCUCCGAGCAUCGCCUCCCGCCGCGCCGCGCUCGUCGCACUCGUCCUGGCCGCGGCGGCGCCGGCACGCCCCGCCGCCGCCGCCUUCUCCCUCGGCAUCCCUGGGCCCAAGGAGCUGCUGCGGGAGCAGAAGAAGAAGUCGGCGUCCUACCUCCUCGCGCCCAUCGCCGCCUCCCGGGACACCCUCGUCAAAGCCCACGCACUUCUCGCUUCGCCGAGUGCGUCUGCUGAGGACGCCGAGGAGGUGAGGGGACGGAUCGGUGCGGCAGGGAGGGACUGCGUGCCGCGGCAGAGGAACUCGAUUGUCGCGUUCCAGUCGCGGACUGGCGUUGAGGUGUGCACAUUCAGCUUGAUACUGAAGAACGCCGCAUCGCUGCUCGCCAAUAAGGAUCCCCUCAAGGUUGAAGCUGAUACUAGGCUUGGGGAGCUCAUACAGUCAUUCUCUGACUUGGGAACCCUGGCGGACAGCAGUAAUUUUGAGCUCGCAGAUGAUAGGUGA